AUGGUCGAGAACCCUGGCUUUGUGAGGGAAACAAAACCCAAAAGUUUGGCAAAUGUGAAUGAAGAGCGGCAAAAUGCCAAGGAUGAAUGCAUACGAGCACAAACACCUACACGCAACAACCUUGUCAAAAUCAAAGACCAAGGCAAGGCGACCGAUCUUGAUGCCCGAGAGGAGGAAACCAUCGUGAUUCUAAAAGGAGUCACCUCACUAGGUAACGAAACGUUUUCCUCAUGUACUAAUCAAACUCGUGAGGGCAUGUAUCACAUGUGUAGGAACCAAUGUCACGUGGCAUGUCAUUGUCCCAACCAACGAAAGAAUCUCAUCAAGGAUGGCGGGACAUACAAGGCUGAUGUAAGGAACCUUGAAGAUGAAUCCGAUGUUACAUCCAAAGCGGUAACCGAACAUGUAACCAAAGAAAAAGAAACGAUUAAGGAUUCCGAUCUCGUGCUCAAUGAAGUACUCAAAAGUGUGAUCAAUGUCGAUGAAGAGCUACAUGGCAUCAGAAUAGAUGCUUUAGAAGUGGUUACACGAAAUGAGGAUUUAAAAAUCCUGAUCAACCCAUCGACAAAGAUAAAUGACACCUCCAACAACCGUACUUGGAUCAUAAGUCAAGAACUUGGAGCAAAAACCGAUUUCGUGCAUGGACGACGAGAAGAGUCCGACGAAUCCCACAUGUGUGCCUCCACGGUUCAUCAGCGCUCAAGGAGCCAAAUGCGUCUACCAUUGCACCAUGAACGCCUCAAGGCGUAACACCAUCUUAAACCCAAGGACAAUCAAGAAGGAUGAACCUUUUGAACGAGGAGAAGCGCGAGAACAAAAUCUUCAUACACUUGGCGAAUAUCUCGACAAAACCCGCAAUCAAGGUAUGAAAAAUUUGACUUACGUAUUUAACGAUGCUGACUUGGACCCGUUUGAUGUAGGUAAGCAUGUUUUGAGGACAAAACCUUCUCAAGGGGGAGGGAAUGAUGAGGACAUCGGAGCUAGCAACUUGGACGAGGACGGGAG